UAAAAAGGGAAUGCAAUUAGUGUGUAUAGACAUUGCUAGAUCAUGUGCUUGCAGCUUGCUGUACCACUAGACCAAAUUAGGGUUAACUUUGUUUCUCUUUCCUCUAAUACUCUAUAAUGGCAGUUUGAACUUUGAAUAAACCGGUCGAGUGCUCCGACGCCGAGGCUCCGACAGGGCGACCACAGAAUCACAGUUGUUCAGGUGUUUCAGGUACAAUACACUGUGGUGAUGAUCUUCUUAAAGGACAUUGUACCAGCUGCAUCAAACAACAUAGACACUAGAUUCAUACUCUUGGACAAAGGCAAGAUAACCGUGGAAGCCCAAAACAGGAGCUGUUUAACACUUGUGGCAGAUGAGACUGCUGCAGUGCAUUUUCAGCUUUGGGGAUGGGAAUGUGAUAUUUUCCAGCCUGGCGACAUUGUCGACCUCUCUAAUGGCAUAUUUUCUUUCCAGCGUAACAAUCUCGUGCUGAGGGCAGGCAAGAGAGGGAAGAUUGAGAAGGUAGGUGAAUUUACAUUGUCAUAUGUCGAAACCCCCAAUAUGAGCGAAAUCAGUUGGGGUCCUGAUCCGAAUAACCCUAAGAAGUAUGUUCAAGGAAGUAUCGUUUCGCCUUACUCUCGCAUCUUUCCUCCCGUUCGUUAGCCAUUGUGUCCUGUUAGAAAGCUUUGUUGCAAAGUGCUAUUCGUCUCAUGCCCAUUUGAAAUCUUCCUGAUGUAUGGUAGUUUCUACUUUAUUCAUAACAGCUCCUCAAGAUUGUACCUGUUUGAUAAAGUAUUAAACUGUUGUUUGUUAAUGCCAUCAUUUGAAAAUUCGUGUUCA